AUGGCCGAAGAACCACGCGCAACUAGUAUAGCAGAGCGCAUCGCAGCCCUGAAGCUGCAGUCUGCUGGCAACAUCCCUGUGAACAAUAAUGUACCUCCUGCCGCAAAUAAAUCGAGCACUGCAUCAAGCACACAGAGACCAAGACCACCACCUCCUCCUAGGCCGAAUGGAGCGAAUGGAGCGAAUGGAGCAACAAAUCGGCCACCAUUGCCUUCCAGAACUUCUACACAACCUGCAGUCUCGCCUCCGCCUUUGCCAAACAGGGCUCCGUCAGAUCGGCCGUCUCCAGCAUUGCCGCCAAGGAGACCAUCAGAAGCACCAUCUCAAACAGAAUAUGACCGUAGCCGCAGAGGAUCUACAGAUUCUCAAAGCUCUGUUGCCACUACGCGCUCAUCUGUAUCUGGAUAUUCGAACGCCACCUCCUACACUUCACAAGGUGGUGGUAGAAUACGAGCUCCCGAGUACGACCCUUCAGCGCUUCCUGCUUUGCCUCCCAAAAGGACCAAGGAAGAAAAGGAAGCCGCUGAUAGAAAGUAUAAUGGCAUGCGACCUGCUUUGAGGCCCUCAAAAUCGACUCCGAAACAGGCUGCUGCUCCUCCUCCGCUACCAGGACGGACGAACUCCAUUCCGCAAGCGCAGAUGUUGGCUAUUGAAGCCACUCAGCCACAGUCCAGGCCUGAGCUUCCGAACAGAGCUCCGAGUGUCACCGUCCCUGCAAAGACAGAGCCCUCUCUCCCGACUCGACCAAAGCGAUCAGCGCUCGAUUUUGGCAUGAAUAAGGCUACAAACGAGCCACCUCAGAUCCCUUCAGCCAGACCGGACUCGUCCCCGCCAGUAAACGGAGCACCGCCGCCUAUCCCCACAAGCUCGAAACCUGACCUUGCUGCGCUUCAAGCUUCGAAGCCUAGGCUCAAUGGCACAACUGCUCCAGCUCCUGCCUCCUCCUGUCUGCAUUGCAGGGACUUCUCUGGGCCGGACAACCACGCCGCACGCUUUCCUAGGGAGUCCAUUCCAUCACAAGACCUGGGCUGGCUAGCCCAGCAAUUGACUGCUCCCUUUCCUUCUCAUACGGAUAAAGCUAGGGCUAUCUUUACGUGGCUACAUCAUAACAUUGCUUACGAUGUCGUGUCGUUCUUUGGUAACAACGUCAAACCGUCCACGCCUCAGAACACACUGGCAAGCGGUCUAGCUGUGUGUGAAGGCUAUGCUGGAUUAUUUGCCGCUCUUGCCAUGAAAGCUGGUAUGGAAGCUGUUGUGGUCGGUGGAGAUGGCAAAGGUUUCGGCUACACUGCGUUGCAACCCGGUCAGCCGAUUCCACCUCAGACGUCGAAUCAUGCCUGGAACGCUGUAAGGAUCGAUGGAGGAGCAUGGAAAUUGAUCGACGCAUGCUGGGGCGCGGGUAUCGUCCAAGGCGCUGGCCAGCCAUAUGAGAAAAGAUUUGCACCCGAGAGAUUCACGCAGACAAACGAGAGCUUCGGGCUAGAUCAUUUCCCAGAGGACAGCAGUAAGCAGUUCCGUGCAGAUGGCAGACGAGUUACUUGGCCGGAGUAUAUCACUGGAAACAAAGACGGGUGUGGCGCGCACUUCUACGGAGGCUACGUCGCAGAAGAAGGAUUUGAUAAGACCUCGUUCCAACCAAAUGCAGGGAAGAUCGUGCUCUCACAACAGCCAGGACCAACAGUACGGUUCUCCUUCCAGAAGAUAUGUCCUCACUGGGACCAAGAGAGGAACGGCAAGGGUCCUCAUUACCUCUACGCGCUGGCGAUCGAUGCUCUUGAGAAGGAUCCCAGGAAUCAUAUUCCAUUUGAGACGAACGGCGACGUCUGGUGGUGUGAUGUGCCAGUUCGAGACCUUGGUAGACCUGGACAGAAAGUGACGAUCAUGGCUUUCACUUCCUUCGGCGGGAAGGAUGGUCGAGGUCUUACUGUGCAAGAAUACAGGCGUAUGAAAGGAAAGACCGGUUGGGGAGGCGGGUUCAUGGCCGCCUGGGAAAUAGCAUAA